AUGGCUACAGAAAGACUCAAUAAGUUUCAAAAUGCUGUCCAGGCAGUUGGAUCGGAGCAACUCCUCCCAAACGCAAUCGACCAUAUCGCAAAGACCGACCCAGGGAGACUGUAUGCCGAAAUACCAUUGUCUACAAUGACUUUCGAUGCAGGGUUUCGGUCGGUCUCAUAUGCCGACCUUGCAAACGCAGUAAACGGUAUGGCCUGGUGGAUUCAUCGUGCUCUUGGAUCCUCAAGCACCUGUGAGCCUCUGUGUUAUAUGGGGCCUAAUGACCUGACACGAAAUCUGGUCUUGCUGGGCAAUUGCAAAGCAGGAUACUCAACUUUAAUGAUGACCCCAAGAUUUAAUGCUAUCGCUCAUGACAACUUCAUCAAACAGUGCAAUUGCAAUAAGAUUAUCAUGCCUCAAGGGCCUGAAUCAGCUGAUGAAAGCAUUAUCUUCCUGUACGAUGAAGUUCUGCGAGCACCCACACUUGAAGAGCUAUUUUCGGAGAAAUUUCCACACUUUACGUUUGAGAAAUCUUUUCAAGAGGUCAAGACUGAACCGCUAGUAAUACUUCAUACUUCUGGCACCACUGGCUUUCCGAAACCAAUCAUCUGGACACAUGAGUAUGUUGCGGGCUAUGUGAAAGAAAGAAGACUUGAUCCCCCGAAAGGAUUCGAGAGUACCGACAGGCUAAUGUUGGGAGGGAAAUUAAUCUGCUCCUUUCCUCCUGCUCAUGCUGGUCCUACAUGGGUCACUCUACUUUUCACGGUUUACUGUGGUUCAACAAUGGUUUACCUGUUGUCAGGCAUACUGCCAACAGUCAGUAUGCUCGUAGACUGCGUCCAACACAAGAAAGUCGAUGCUCUUAUGUUAGUUCCGCCUCAAAUAGAAGAGCUUGCCAUCAACUCUGAAGCUCUCCAAACUAUUUCACAGAAUGGUGAAACAAUGUUCUAUGCCGGAGGAGAUGUUACUAUCGCUGCUGGAGAUACCAUUUCUUCAAAAAUGAAACUCGUCACAACUUGUGGAUCAACCGAGCAAGGGUUCUGGCAUACUAUCCAUCCUACUGGAACUUGGAAUCCGAAGAUGUGGAAAUAUAUGCGUGUGCAUCCGGCACAGAAUUUGACUUUCCGCCACCAAUCUGAAGAUUUAUUCGAAGCAACAUACACCCUCAAUGAGAGUCCUGACGGAUACAAACAGUCAAUCUUCACUAUCUUCCCCGAGAACCCUGUAUAUCCUACAGGAGAUUUGUUCUCUCCACAUGCGGAUGAUCCUGAACUAUGGCAAUUCCGCGGCCGAGCAGAUGACAUGCAAUCUUUCAUCACGGCAGAAAAGUUCUACCCUACACAAAUGGAACGCAUCAUUGGAGCGCACCCAGGAGUUGCUGCGGUUCUAUUUGUUGGAACACGACGCCCCAAGGGCGCUUUACUCGUUGAGUUGCGAAACCCAUCCGAGGACAAGGCUGCCUUUCUUGAAUCUUUAUGGCCGCUCGUUGAGGAGGCGAAUAAGCCUGUGCCAUACACUGCUAAAAUCACUAAAGACAUGAUCCUAAUCACAGACGAAGCACUUCCAAUGGCAAGAUCUGUCAAAGGAACCAUUGAAAGAAGAGGUACGGUGAGACUUUAUGAACAUAAACUUGAUGUGUUGUACGCAGUCCACGCUUAG